CUUAAAUUUGCACGUAAAUCGAUCUUCUUCCUGAAGUCUGAUUUACUGCAGUCCAGGAGACCAGAGGCAUGUCUUCUUACCAAGGGACAACGCUGCCCUCUGUGGCAGCCCUGUCCCAGAAGACAGAGGCCCCGGAGAGCCAAGGGAGCAGACGAGAGGACUGGAGGAAGGCCAAGGAGUUGGAAGAGGCUCGUAAAGCAGGUACUGCUCCUGCCUUGGUGGAUGAAGAAGGAAAGGACAUUAAUCCGCACAUCCCACAAUACAUUGCAACGGUACCGUGGUACGUUGGGAUUGACAAACCCACCCUCAAGCAUCAGAGGCCUCAGAGGGUCGUAAAGGACGUGUCAGCGAUCAGCAAUUGGUACAAGAAAGGCGUACAAGAGGGAACUUUGUCUACGAAGUUUAGAAAAGGUGCAUGUGAAAACUGUGGCUCACUGACUCACAAGAAAAAAGAUUGCGUUGAGAGACCUCGCAAAGUCGGAGCCAAAUUUUCCGGGGAGGACCUGGCCCCCGAUGAACACCUGCAGCCCAACCUUCACUUUGACUACGAUGGUAAGAGGGACAGGUGGAAUGGAUACAACCCAGAAGAACAUGAAGCAGUAGUGGAAGAGUAUGCCAAGAUGGAAGAGGCCAAGAAACAGCUGAAAGCAAAGAAACUUCAGAAUGAGAUGAUCUCGGUCGAUAUGGAGAAAGAAAGGGACAGCGAUGAAAGUGAUGCAGAUGAAGACAAAUACGCUGAUUCUUUUGACAUGCCUGGAACCAAUUUUGACAGCAAGAGGCGAAUUACAGUGAGAAACCUUCGCAUUCGUGAGGACACUGCCAAGUACUUGUAUAACCUGAGACCCAACUCGGCCUACUACGAUCCCAAAACAAGAUCUAUGAGGGACAACCCCUCCAGAGAUGUAGGCGCAAACCCAGAUGAUCUGAAGUUUGCUGGUGAUAACUUCAUACGAGAAGGAGGUGAUACGGUUUCCAUGGCAAAGGCACAGAUGUUUGCGUGGGACGCAUCCAAUCGCGGUACCGAUGUCCAUCUCCAGGCCGAACCCACCAAGCUCGACCUACUCCACAAGGAGUUUGGCAGCAAGAAGGACAACUUCAAGAAGAGCCAGAAAGAGACCAUACUGCAGAGGUAUGGUGGUGAAGAGCACUUGGAGGCACCCCCUAAGCAGUUGCUGCUGGCACAGACGGAGGAAUACGUAGAGUACUCUCGACAUGGAACCAUCAUCAAAGGCCAGGAGAAGGCCCCAGUUAAAUCCAAAUACGAGGAAGAUGUCUUGCUUAGCAAUCAUUUUAGUGUUUGGGGUUCGUUCUGGAGAGACGGGCAGUGGGGCUUCCGCUGCUGCUACUCCCUCGUCCGGGGCUCCUACUGCACGGGGGCAGCAGGCAGGAUGGCUGCAACCGAAGACUCUGUCGUCCUACCUACCGAACCCACCGAUGCACUCCCUGGAAUAGAGGAGGAGGAGGAGGAGGAGGAAGAGGAACCUGUGAAAUCAAUGGUGGAGCAACACAAGGAGAAACUCAACUUGGAGAAGGAGAAGAAGAAAGAGAAGAGGAGGAAGAAGAAGAGGAAACAGAAGGAGUUGAGAAAGCAGAAAGAAAAAGAGGAGAAGAAAAAGAAGAAGAAGAAGAGGAGACAUAGCUCUUCAGAUUCAGAUUCUUCAGAUUCCAGCAGUGAUGAUAGCAGCGAAGAAGAAGAAGAACAGGAGGAUGAGGAAGCUAUCAGGAAGAGGAAGAUUAAGGAGGCCAUGAAACGCCAAGAGGAGCAUGAGAAGGAGGUUGACAAACUGCUUGCCAUGGAUGAGAGGAAGAGACCUUACAACAGUCUCAACUCGUAUGACAGCGUGAGGCAACCAACAGAGGAAGAGAUGGAGGCGUACAGACUCAAGAGAGCGAGAAUGGAAGACCCAAUGGCCGCUUUCCUUAAACCGUAUUAAGGAACCAGCCCUGGCAACGUACUGAGAACAAUAUUAGAAAGGAUGGAGGAUUUAAUGGAAACAUACAGACUCAAGAGAGCGAGAAUGGAAGACCCAAUGGCCGCUUUCCUUAAACGGUAUUAAAAAACCAGCCCUGUCGAGUAUAAUGAACAGUCCUCGCAACGUACUGAGAACAAUAUAAGAAAGGAUGGAGGAUUCUAUGGAAGCAUACAGACCAGAGAGACAUUGAAUGGAAGACCCAAUGGCCGCUUUCCUUACAAAGUAUUAAAGAACGGUUCGUACCAAGUACUGAUAACAAUAUUAGAAAGAAUGGAGGAUUCAAUGGAAACAUACAGACUCAAGAGAGCGAGAAUGGAAGACCCAAUGGCCGCUUUCCUUAAACGGUAUUAAAAAACCAGCCCUGUCGAGUAUAAUGAACAGUCCUCGCAACGUACUGAGAACAAUAUUAGAAAGGAUGGAGGAUUCUAUGGAGGCAUACAGACUCAAGAGAGUGAGAAUGGAAGGCCUAAUGUCCACUUUCCUUACAAAGUAUUAAAGAACGGUCCUUACCAAGAAAGAUGGCAGAUUCAGUGAUAGGUUUUGUCAUUUAGUGUCAUGAGCAAUAGCAGCAGAAAAUAGAUGGAUGGAAGUGUCGAUGGCCUCAACGAGUAUUUAAAGUACAAUCUCCGUGAAGUGUAAAGAACAGUCCUUGCCUAACAUUGAGAGCAAUAUCAUCAGAAAGUUGGAUGGUAUAGUGAUUGCUUUCCUCUUCUCAUCUUGUUUCAGAAGAGUAGCAAAAAAUAAGGAUUGCUGAUUGAAAUUUAUUUAUUUAUUUAUUUAU